GCACAGCCUUCCAGAUGACGGACUGCCAGUUCUGGAAGAUUGGCUCACGGUCUUUGAAGGGAUGCUGUUUUCAGGGGUGGAGUUGUCCAGAGAGCCGAUCGAUGUGACAGCAAGGGUCUUAAAGAUGGAUUGCGCAUGCGUUCAGUGCGUCGCAUUUGGCCUGUUGCUUGCAAGCGACAAUGACAUCACGCCUGAAAGCGAGAAGGUUCUGGAGCCUUUUGCGAACAUCUUGGACAAGGGGUGGCUACUGCCAGUCCAUGUCAGGAUGAACAUGGAUGCUGUUGCAUCCAGCUAUACCAACAUGAUGCUGAGCUUUCGUGGCGGCGAGCGCCAGCCGCCGAAUGUCCUUCAAAUGUCAUUACGGUUCUCCGCCAUCAUGGAAACUCGGUCCAUGCAGGGCCUACAUUCGAAGGAUUGGUCGGCGGAAGACCGCCUUCGUAAGGUGGUCCAGGAGUUCCACUCUACGAAUGGGAUGCUGCAGACAUGGUUCCUGGACGAAGAUAAGGUCCAGAGCAUCCUGAACAUGAUUACAGCAACAUCGGCGGGAUGCAGGGAACUCAUUGCCAACCAUCUUCACAAAUUCAAGUGGAGCCAAUCCGCCCUCACAUCGGAGCUUUUGAGAAAGCCGAGAUGGCUUCUGAAAGCUGUGCCGCGUGGAUGCCAGCCUCACUUCAAAGUCUUGCUCACAGUCACGGAGACUUCGCAGGAGAUGUUCCUGGCCUUGGUCUUUCACCAGUUCCACCUCAAGACGCGAAAAGUCCGACCGAACCAGAGGCCGCGGUGCAGGCUGAGUGCGCAAGACUGGGACGCAUACAUCAAUUUCGCCUGCAUCUACGCACAUGUCUUGAAAGAAGCUUCUCUCUUGGCAGACGCUCCGGAUUUGGAAACCAUCAAGAAGGCAUUUCUGGACCUGGACUACUUCGAAGAGAUUGAAGCCAUCAUCAAGGCAGAGCCGGCCGGAUGGACUGUGAAAAACCUUUGCUUGUGGACUGAGAUGGUGCAAAGGGAGACGCCGGCGACAGCAAUGGGAGUUGCUGUUGAUGAGAAGACUGUGGAGGAGAAAGAAGAGGAAUUGGAAAAUGCAGCCUUUGCAUCACUUAAGGCAAAAAUUGCGAACCUUGGCAUUGCGAUGGAUGAUCUCCAUUAUGUGGCUGUGAUUGGUUUUACCAAGCUUGGCUGCAUCGGGCAACAAGACAUCAACCAACAUGCACAGUGGAUGUCGAACGUUCUCGCCAAGAACCCCCUCCGGAAAGAAGACAUCAAUGCGUUCGUGGCUUCACAUGCCUGGCGCUACCAGAGCUUGCCUGACCCAUUGCCGAGCCCACUCGCAGAGAACGAGUAUGUUGCCCCAGUUACCAAAGGGCAGCUGACCUCGAAUGACCAGCGCAAGAACUACACGGACCUCCAGGAGACCGCGCAAUGGUUGUCAGGUGGGAAACAUACCAUCAUCUACCAUGCCACAAGCUAUGACGCAGCUUGGGAAAAGGCUGCGGUGCAGCUUUCAUGCCCUGUGAUCGGCCUCACCAUGGACUUGGCGUGCCACAAGCUGGCAUCAAAACUUUUGCGCAGCCACCUGCUGGAGGAAUGGAAGAGGGACUCAGGUAUGAUCAAGGGUGCCAGGUAUGUGCCAGAUUCCCCAGGUCUCCCAGAUACAGUGACUCCUCCAGACUUGCUUGUGUGCAAGGAAGUCGAGGGGAAGUUGACCAUACCCAGUGAUGUGCGGCAGAAGUUUCUUGGUGACCCGCUGAGAUCUGCAGAGUGGAAGAAACUGCUCAAGAGCUUUGAAAAGCUGCAUGGAAGCGCAUCAACACCACCUGCUGCUGCAGCACCUUCGACUCCCGCGACUGCUCCUGCAACUCCCGCUGGUUCCCCUGCCACGGAUGCAAGUCCUUGGAAGCACAUCUUUGAAGGUGAGCCUCGCACUCUUACAGAUUUGGUGGCCAAGUACGGUGAACCGUCAUCGACCAUCAGUGCUCCGGGAAGCAGUGGAUUUGUGAUCAAAGUCGUUGAAGGGCCCAAGUUCUUCCUUUGUGCUCCAGUCGCUGGAACAUGUGAUUGCAAUGAGGGCCCGGUUCUGUCACAUGGAGCAGGCUCCUGGCUCCUUGACACCAAAGCUGAGAAGAUGCUGCAAGACAGCCCUGACAAGGCUCAUGUUGCAAAGUUUGAGUCCGACCAGCGCCUGUGCAUUCUGGAGGCAGGGGGUCAUUUGAUGUAUGAACAAUGA